AUGCCUCUUUUUGCGGCUCCGCUAAUCUAUGGAACAACCGUCGCCAUUUCGAUUCCAAUCUUUGCGGCCGUGUGCCAAAACCUGCGGACCCCAUAUCUCGACGAAGUUUUCCAUGCUCCACUAACCCAGCGAUACAUUGCUACACUCGACUUUACCCAAUGGGACCCCAUGAUCACCACCCCGCCUGGGCUUUACUGGCUUGCCACUUUAUACGCGUAUGGGAUCGUGCGCCCGGUCAUCGCAUUGUUCCGUGUGUUUGAUAGUGGCGCCGUAGCAGCUGCUGGGAGUUUUGGUCGUAUGGCCGGGGCCAUUGCUGCGCUAGAAAUUGGCGACGUGUGGGUCUUACGUUCGCUUAAUCUUGUGGGAGUUCUAUUUGUCCUGCCCGUUGUUUUGAACUCAUUGUAUUCCGCGCAGACAACUUUGCGAGGAGUCCAGAAGAAACAACAUACUGUUGUAGAAGAACCAACCUACGCGUCGAUCAUUACCUUCCCACUCAUCUACUUCUUUGCCUUUUUGUAUUACACAGACGUGUGGUCUGCUAUUCUGGUGCUUGCUGCGCUAGCUGUUGGCCAAUCCGCACUGGCCAGGGACCCAACCAAACGCACCUUGGCUGGGCCCGUGGUCGCGUCACAGGUCCGGUUGCUCUUUGCAUCUUCAAUCUUGGCUCUGCUCUCACUUACGUUCCGCCAAACCAACAUUGUAUGGGCAGGUUACGUUGCGCUGACGCUUCUUGAGAUCCAAGCAAACAAACUCGCACCACCACAAUCUGCCAAAGACCCGUCUCCAACGUUGGUCACACGCGCCAGCCGCAUUGUUGCAACAGCUUUGGAUUGGCACUCACCUAUUUCGCGUGCAAUCACGCUCGGAUACGGCGCCGUGGCUGCCGCCUUUGCUGCAUUUUUGGUUUGGAACAAUGGAGCCAUUACUCUCGGCGACCAAGCCCAUCAUCAAGUCUCUGCCAAUCUUGGUCAGAUCUUUUACCUGGCACUCCAUGCCGCCUUUUUCUUUGGCCCACCGCUCGUCUUUUAUGGUGUCGUUAGUAUUGCCCGCACAGGCCAACUCCCCCUACGCGCCAAGUCUGCAGUAGUUGCUGGUGCCGUGUUUGUGAUCAUUUCUGUUCUUGUGGCAUGGUCUCUGAACACUUUUGCGUUUGCCGAGCCCCUACACCCACACCCAUUCACACUGGCAGACAACCGGCACUAUACGUUUUAUCUUUGGCGCCGCGUGUUGGCCCCGUGCCGAGUGAGUUUGAGUGCUGCACUUAUUCGUGCACCUGUUUUUACUGCCGGAUUUGUCAUUUUGGCAGUCCCGUUGGUUCUUCCAUUUUUCACCAACAAGAAGAGCAAGAUCUCUUGCUCCUCCUCCUCUUCUUCCUCUUCCUCGGUAUUUUCUGUGCUUGCGUUUAUGGCAGCCACUGCGGCAACUCUCAUUCCAAGCCCAUUGUUAGAGCCGCGCUACUACAUUGUUCCACUAGUCGUGUGGCGCGCCUGCCACUUUGCUCCAGUCUUGGAUCCGUUACUCCAGACUCAGACUCAGACUCAGGAGUCUGAAAAAAAAAACCAACCCCCAACUGAUGAAGAGCAAACAUUGCUGGACCGGGUGGCAUUCCAAGAUAUUGAGUUCAUGUAUAACGGAUACAUCAACGUCAUCACGUUUAUUGUUUUUCUGUGCUAUCCAUUUACUUGGGCAUCCGAACCUGGCAUGCUUCAACACUUCAUGUGGUGA